UCCCUCCACAUUCGAAUAUCGUCCGACAGUCGAAAACCUCUGCCACCGGUUUUUCCCUGCCACACCGGAAAAUUCCUUUCUUGGUUUAAAUCCUCGAGACUUGCCACUGAUUUCAAUAAAGAAUGUUCUUUCUCCUCCUCCCUCUUCUCCCUUCCCAAUCCAUCCUUCUUCCCUCGCCCGAACCCCUCACGCUAUAUAUACACAUUCCCGUUGAGGCAAGCAUGAUCAAGAACAAGAACAAGAGCAAGAGCAAGAGCAAGAGCAAGAGCUCCUUUGUGCAAGUCCAUAUCUGUUGUGGGUUUGGUAGUUUUAUCGCGCUUCGUGAAUCGCGGAGAUGGCCUCAGGUUCGGGGAUUAAGAGGGCGGAUUCGGUGGCCGACAACAUGCCGGAUGCGAUGAAGCCCAGUAGGUACCACAUGAAGAGAUGCUUCGCCAGGUUUGUGGCGAGUGGGAAGAGGUUGAUGAAACGUCAGCAGAUGAUGGAGGAGUUGGAGCAGUCGAUUGAAGACAAGGUCGAAAUGGCUCAGGUUGUUGAAGGCCAGCUCGGGUUCAUUCUUAGCUCCACUCAGGAGGCAGCGGUGGUUCCUCCAUAUGUUGCAUUGGCGGUUAGACCGAAUCCUGGCAUUUGGGAAUAUUUGAAGGUGAAUGCCAGUGAUCUUGAGGUAGAAGGUAUCACUGCUAAAGAGUACUUGAAGUUCAAGGAGACGGUUUUCGAUGAGAACUGGGCAAAUGAUGACAAUGCACUGGAAAUAGAUUUUGAAGCCACUGACUUCACCACUCCUCGCAUGGCACUUCCUUCUUCUAUUGGGAAUGGAUUGAACUUUCUCACAAAGUUAAUGACGUCUAGGUUGAGCAAGGACAGUCAAAGUGCUAAGUCUUUUCUUGAGUUCUUGCUUGCCCUCAACCAUCACGGGGAGAAUCUAAUGAUCAACCAGAACUUGAACACGGUGUCGAAACUUCAAGUAGCAUUGAUAGCAGCUGAAGCAUUCAUCUCCGCAUUUCCCAAAGAUGCACCUGUACAGAAUUUUGAGCAGAGGAUCAAGGAGCUAGGAUUCGAAAAAGGUUGGGGCGAUACUGCAGAGCGAGUGAAAGAGACGAUGCAUACUCUGUCCGAGUUGCUUCAAGCUCCGGACCUGGAGAAAAUGGACUUGUUCAUUAGCAGGCUUCCUAUGAUUUUCAAUGUUGUCAUAUUCUCUCCUCAUGGCUACUUUGGCCAGUCAGACGUCCUCGGUUUGCCAGAUACAGGUGGUCAGGUGGUUUACAUCCUAGAUCAAGUGAGGGCUUUAGAGGAAGAAAUGCUCCUGAGAAUUAAGCAGCAGGGCCUUGCAGUGAAGCCUAACAUUCUUGUGGUCACGCGACUCAUACCAGACGCAAAACACACCAAGUGCAACCAGGAGUUGGAGCCUGUCGUUGACACAAAGCACUCCUACAUUCUUCGGGUUCCUUUCAAGACGCCAAAAGGAGUCAUUCUCCGCCAAUGGGUGUCCCGUUUUGACAUCUAUCCUUACUUAGAGAGAUUUGCUCAGGAUGCGGCUGCGAAGAUCAUGGAUCACAUGGAUUGUAAACCGGAUCUCAUAAUCGGAAACUACUCAGAUGGGAACCUGGUGGCUUCUCUCAUGGCUAGCAAACUGGGAAUAACACAGGGUACCAUAGCUCAUGCUCUAGAGAAAACCAAGUAUGAGGACUCGGAUGUCAAGUGGAAGGAGCUUGAUCCGAAAUACCACUUUUCAUGUCAAUUUACUGCGGACUUGAUUGCGAUGAAUCAGACUGAUUUUGUCAUUACCAGCACAUACCAAGAAAUUGCUGGAAGCAAAACUAGGCCCGGACAAUAUGAAAGUCACACCGUGUUUACUAUGCCGGGGCUUUGUCGGGUGGUCUCUGGCAUCAAUGUUUUCGAACCGAAGUUCAAUAUCACUGCCCCAGGUGCCGAUCAAUCUGUCUACUUUUCCUACACACAGAAACAAAGGAGGCUGACUACUUUUCACCCGGCCAUCGAGGAACUACUAUACAACAAGGAGGACAACAACGAGCAUUUGGGUUUUCUUGCUGAUCGGAAGAAACCAAUCAUUUUUUCGAUGGCAAGGCUUGAUACCGUAAAAAAUAUCGGUGGCCUAACCGAGUGGUAUGGGAAGAACAAAAGGCUCAGAAGUUUGGUGAAUCUUGUUGUUGUAGCAGGAUUCUUCGACCCAGCAAAAUCGAAAGAUAGGGAAGAAAUCGCGGAAAUUAAAAAGAUGCACUCCUUGAUAGAGAAAUACGAACUCAAGGGUCAGUUCAGAUGGAUUGCAGCUCAAACCGACAGAUAUCGAAAUGGAGAAUUGUACCGCUGUAUUGCUGAUACCAAAGGAGCUUUUGUGCAGCCUGCUCUGUACGAAGCUUUUGGUCUAACUGUCAUUGAAGCAAUGAACUGUGGAUUGCCCACAUUUGCCACUAAUCAAGGUGGUCCUGCAGAAAUUAUUGUUGAUGGUGUUUCAGGGUUUCACAUUGAUCCCAACAAUGGCGACGAGUCAAGCAACAAGAUAGCCGAUUUCUUCCAGAGAUGCAAAAAAGAUCCUGAAUGUUGGAAUAGGAUCUCGACAGGAGGCCUUCAGCGCAUAUACGAGUGCUAUACGUGGAAAAUCUAUGCAAAGAAGCUCUUGAACAUGGGGUCCAUGUAUGGGGUUUGGAGGCAAAUGAACAAGGAACAGAAACUUGCUAAGACGAGAUACAUUCAGAUGAUGUACAAUCUCCAUUUCAGGAACUUGGCAAAGAACGUUCCGAUCCCAAUCGAAGAACCCCAAGAGCAAGUGCCAAAGGUGGAGAGCUGGCCCCAAAAACCAACUCCAAAGCCAGAGACAGUACCUCUGAAGGCGACACCAGAACCUAGGGACCAGAAGAUCCCGGAACCAGAGCUUCCAAGGGAGAAAGAUUUCCAAGGAAAGCCACUCGCCUCGAGGAUAGGGGACCGAGUUUGCCCCUGGAAUUGGUGGUGCCUCACAAUGACAUUCAUUUUGCUCUCAUACUACGCCCUGUUGAAGCUUUAUAUCUCAGAUUGACCUCAGGGGCACCAUGGCAAACAUUGAAGUCAUACCAGAACUGCACUCAAUAAGAAUAAUGCCCAGAUUCAAUAAGACAAAUGUCAUCUUCUUUAUAAUUUUUCUGGCGAACUGUAUCAAAGCUCCUGUUGCAAUGGAAAGCGCAUUUUCUGUAAAGAACAGAUAAUAACACUUGUAGAUUUGUCUCAUCAUGAUUAUCAAUAAGACAAUAACUUCGUUCUUAUAGUUACCAA